AUGAUUGGUUAUCUUCUUCAGUUGGCCUUACUCCUGCCCGUACUUACUUUGUCCACUCCCUUCAAUCCCUCUGCCGCGCCAGCAUUUGAAGGGCGUGCAACCAAGGCCAAUCCUCUGAGGCCGAAGACUCGGUACAGUCCGGGUACUAUGACAUUCCACCGUGACUCCGGAAACACUCGAACCGACGACUAUCUUGGACCACUGGGUCAAAACAUCCAAGUCGCAUCCACCAAGAUUAUCAAACCCUCGCCCCUUUUCUGGGAUGACGAAGGGCGACUGACUGCUGGAGGAGUAUGUAAUGAGACCACAGACUGCAUAGUUGCUCUGGAUCCAGACACAUUUGAGAUCAAGGCAACAUGGAUGGGCACAACAGCAAACGGCUCGCAGAUUUUUUUCCCCUACCUGGCCUACUCAAGUUUCUACCAAGGUCGCCUCGUAACUCCAGCCAUUGGUCCUCGUGUUUUGGAGAUCCAGCGCACAGAUUCCGGGAACCACACGGAAUUCCAGGUAGUCCGUGAGACUGAUUUGUCCAGUAUCGUUGGCAACAACAGUCAGGUUUUCAACUCCGCGUUCGACGCCGAAGGAAAUCUAUGGUUCACUACAGGAGGAUUCCCAGGGUUUGAGCUCGGCGAGAUUGUCACGAGUGUCAUCAUCGGGUAUCUCACUCCUGCUGGAGUUGCUCAUUAUAUCGAUCUUCCGAACACUUCCGUGGAAAAUGCCUUUGCCUUGAGCGGCUCUAUCGUAUACGUCCUUACUGGGCCCGCAGGCAGUAACGACCAUGCGAAUGCGACAGGGCAUUUAUACGCUCUCCAGGCAACUUCCGAAGGCGACGGGGUCAAAAUUAUCUACAAAGAAGAAUACGAUGCCGGCGACAGCGUCAAACCAGGUGGUGUUGCUCGCGGAUCAGGAUCCUCGCCAGGCCUCCUGGGAGACGAAUACGUUGCAUUCACUGACAAUGCCAAUGGACGCAUCAACACGCUCUUCUUCAAACAGGUAAAAGAAACCUCCAGUGGGAGCAAUCUUGUGUGCAAGGCCCCCAUGUUCGCUGUCAACGCCAGUUCGACCGACAAUGCGAUUGGUGGCUACUUUAAUGGCGAAACAUACAGCGUCUUCGUCACGAACAUGUAUGGAGCCCCAACAGUCAUCUCGCCCUACAAUUCUUCAGCAUCGGUUGACUCCCCAUCGCAAAACGUCUCCAUGCCCGCUUCAGGUCUCGCCCGAGUGGAUUUUGAUCCUGUGACUGGGUUGUGCAAAACUACAUGGGAAGUCGAUCUACGCGCAACUGGUAUUCCAACUCUCUCUACUGCUUCUGGACUUGUGUACCAGUAUAGUCAGGAUCCUGAACAAGCUCUCAACGGUUCUUACGCGUGGUACUUUACAGCUAUUGAUUAUCGUACCGGCGAGAUAGUCUGGCGCGUAUGUAUCGCCCUAGGACCGGAUGGUGCUGUGUACUCUUGGGUGUCAGGUGGUGUUGUAAAGAUCUACGACGGAGACUUUUAA